CUCAGCAUUACCAUUGCGCCUAGCACGUUCCUCGUCGCACUAGCCUUCACUUUCGCCUUUUUCUUCAUCUACCUCGUUUCAAUCGGCCAUAUACCGCUACGGAAUAUCUUACCUACCCGCUUUCCUCGGUUUUCCUUCAGGGUGCCGUCAUCUAUUAUACCGCGACCGGGACCGCAAAUCGAGCCGCUACCAAGACGAAAGGCGCUGCCACCCAUUCAAAGAUCGCAUCGACAGAAAGCCCUGCCAGCAUUACCUGCGCCCGGACCAGUGACAAACUCAGAAAAGUCUCUUAUCCACUUACCCUCCAACCGGGCGCAGACUUCAACUCAAAGUUUGCGCUCGUUCUUUUCCUCACGUACCAAACUAGCACUUCCAAGCUCGACACCAACCUCAACUAUAAGUAUAGAUAGCAUUCCGAAGCCAACCAGCCAAGGCGCUCUUAAUGAAAAUGACGUCUAUGUACUCCGAGAACAGUCGAGACGACACAAGCUUCGCGACUCCGAUGUCACCGUCGCGACAGAAACUGUUCGGGUUCCCACCAACCCAUUUAGGCUUUGGCUUCUCGGACGAGGACCUCGACCUGCAAGAAGAGAGCGACAUGGACGACAUGUCUCUGUCAGAUCGUAAUUACAGCCCACCGGCGUGGAAAAGGCUUGAGAAUGGAGAUCGGUGGUACGGUAAUUGGCGCGAGAGUAGGGACAUCUUGGGCGGUUUCGACCAGCCGAGGCGCAUAAAUCAUACCAACAACAGCAUCUUCCAGAACGAUAUCUUCGAGGCAGCUCGUAGGACGCGUCUGCCAACAGGAAGUUUAAGUCCCGAAAAAGGGGUUACACCAGAACCAGAGAGCCCAACUGAGGAUGAUACUCUCGUCAAAUUGAAGAGCCAGUCGCCAGCUAAUGGUCAUUUAAAUGGAGGAACGACACAAAACGGUAUAAUAGCGUCUAUGUCGCCUGGUGCUUCUAGGGAUAAUUACAUCCGAUUAGCGCUGCGUGCUGAUAUCCAACAGCGAACAGAGCCCAUUGAGGCUGCUGUCAAUUUCCUAAGAUCAAAAUCGUGGGGAAAUAUUAUCGUCGCAACCCUCGUCGCGUUCUUAUCAAUGACCGCCAUCCGGACGCUCUUUCAACCCGCGCCACCGCGACCGUCGCCUGAUUUGGUCAAGGUGGCAGGUAUUGCGCGCUCCUUUGAACCAUUGAUCUACUACUCGGAGAAUGGCGUUUCCCAGGUUGGCGAUCUUCAAGCAACCGGUGUUGCUGUGUGGGAUCUCGGCGAGAGUGUUCGGUCAAGUAACAUGACAUCGGCGCCUAUCAUUGUGAAGUCGCUUGAUGAGCUCUCAGAAAGCUUAAAGACUCUGGCUAUCGAGCUUACAAAGUUUUUCUCUAAUGUUGACGGUGAUAUUGACAGCAUACUGAUUGUGAUGGAUUGGGCGCGGCGAGAGUUAUCGCAGGUGCAAGCCGUUCCAAGCCAACCUCUCUCCACAGCAUUUGCCAACAUUCAUACCCUGCUCUCCGUGGCUGGCGUUUUCGAGAAUCCGAACACAGGUAUGCCGACGCGAUUAGGCGAUAUAGCGACAACUAUGUUCGGUAUGUCGCAUCCGCAGCGAACUCGUUACGCGCUCCAACGCACAUUUACGGAAUUCCUAUCGGUCCUAGAAGAAGCAAUCGAGAACGAGCUACACCAUUCGCUAUCACUGUUCGCCCUUUUCGAAGCUAUCGACCGUCAGUUCCUAAACUUGGCACGUGUCGUCGUGCGAGAGUCAUCGCAACAAGAUGAGCAGCACGCUGACUUCCUCUCCUCGUUGUGGACACGCAUUUUAGGGCCUAAAGUAAGCGAGGUCAAGAAGUAUGAGCGUAACCGCGAACUACUUCAGAACGUGCGUGAGAAGACAGUGCGCAACAAAGGCAUACUGGUAGAGCAUAAUGGAAAACUGCUUAGCCUAAAGGCCAACCUUGAGACUUUGAGACGGAAGCUGGUUUCGCCGCUAGUACGAAGCGUAAACAGCAGUACCCUCUCGCUCGAGGAGCAGAUCAAAAGCCUCGAGGACGUGGGCGUAUACCUCGAAAACUUACGCGCACGGCAAAGGGGCAAGCUAAUAGAGAUGGUACACGGUAGUGCCAGUGCCAGGGCCAGUAUCUCGGGAAGCGCAAGAUUAAUCGAUAACCAAGGAAGUUGGGCUUGAUGGAGUUAAAGCGGGAAUAUAAAUAAGGAUUUU